CGAUAGUGAUAGUAAAGUCUGAGAUGUCCUCCCGUGCUAUAUUUGACAAACUGCCACGUAAAGACCUCCAUGGACAAACUCCUAUGGUAACACACUGCAACAAACAGGCACUAAAUAACUUUGAGGCUCAGGCAAGAAAGGGAGAACCUCCUCCGCAACAGAAUGGAAACUUUGGUCGUGGUCGUGGAGACAGCAGGCCGGAGCAAACACCCAGGGCACCUGCUCCAGCACCUCAACAACAGCAGCAACCCCCGAGACCCCAGUCUGGUGUGCGGCCUCCAAAUCCGUUCCCACAACCAGUAAGAGGUCCUCCACCAAAUAUGCAAGGGCCUCCACCAACACAAGGCCCACCUGUUGUUACGUCAGGGCCUCCUCCAAAUUUCUUCACAGGUAGGAUGAUCCCUGGUCAACGACCAGGAAUGCCACCAGUGUCGGCACCUGUAAGCAUGGCACCAGGAGGUAUCAUGCACCCAAGAAUGAACCAGCCUCCACCCGGUAUGCCACCCAGGCCUGAGCACAGGCUGCCGCCACCAGGGAUGAGACCUGGUGCUCCUCCAGUUACGAGCAUUCUACGUCCUAUUGCAGCCCCAUACCCUGUACGAGGUCAAGUUCCGCCCCAGCCAGUGCCCCCACCAGGUAUUAGAGGUGUGGCUCCAGGUAUACCAGGUAUGCCACCACAACAACCACCUCCAGGUGUCCCACCACCAGGACAUCCGGUGGCACCUGCACCACACGUCAACCCAGCUUUCUUUCCUCCUACUCACAGUUCCGCUCUGCCUCCUCCGGCGCCUCAUCCAGUCCCUUCAGCAGAUCCAUAUGGACGCCCUCCACCCACUUCAACCUACCCACCAGCAGAUCCUUACAGACCGGCACCAGACAGAUAUGAUCCAAAAAGGAGUGAGCCGCCAGCCCCACAACUUUCUGAACAGGAGUUUGAGGAAAUAUUUCAGCGGAAUAAAACGGUUUCAAGCAGUGCAAUUUCACGAGCAGUUCAAGAUGCUAGUGCAGGUGACUUUGCAAGUGCUAUAGAGACUCUAGUCACAGCUAUAUCUUUGAUUAAACAGUCUAAGAUUGCCAAUGAUGAUAGAUGUAAAAUCUUGAUCAGUUCACUUCAAGACACGCUACAUGGUAUAGAGGAAAAAUCAUACGGAUCCAAUCCAAGCUCCAUGAAACAUUCAUCAUCGACAGUUUUAUCACGGACAAGAGAAAGAAGAUCUCGUUCCCGAGAACGUGAUCGUGACAGGGAACGUGAAAAGAGGAGUCGCCACAGAUCAAGAAGUCGGGAUAGAGAAUAUCGGGAACGAAGCCGAGAAAGAGAUAGUCGUAGAGAGUAUGAAGAAAGACAUAGAGAGAGUCGAAGUGAUCGGCGGGACAGUGACAGAGAUAGAGAGAGGGAACGUGAAUAUAGAAGUAGUCGUCAUUAGAUGGCAUGAUGAAUAUUUUUAAUAUUAAUUUCCGAAAAUACGGAGGUGCUCAGAUUUUGGUGCUUCCUAGCUUUUAAAGAUCUCAUAGAAAAUUCUCAAGGGCUCAAGCAGGGAACCAGAUGCAGAUUUUGCCGCAGUUUUUUUUUUUUUCCAUGGCUUUGUUUCUGUUGUGUAAUAUAUACAGUUAGAAUGCUGGGUUGCUUUGUAGUUUAAAAAAAAGUAAAGAAACAAAGUAAUUGAAGGUAAAUUUCAGAAAAAUUUGUAGGAUAUAUAAUUAAAGUGUAAUAAUUUGUUCAGUUAUUUUGUUAGUGGUACUGCCCUGUGUUAAAUGAAUUCUUAAAUAUCUUCGUUGAAUGUUAAAAAGUGAGGUAUUUAAAAUGUGUAUGAGCCUGUGUGGCCAAGCAAUGUGACAUUGUUGCGAGAAUUAUAGCAGGAAAUAUUCUAUGACCAGUUGGUGGUUCUACUUAGAUUCCUACCAAUUGUGGUGUCUACUGGUCUUGGUGCGUACUCAUUGUGGUGUCUACUGGUCGUGGUGCGUACAGAUCUUGGUGUGUACUCAUUGUUGAGUCUUCCUUCACUAGUAAUAUUAUAGUUGGAAGUCUCCAUGUGAAAAGUUGACUAUAAGACUUCAUUCUAAAGAUUUUUACGUAUAAAAAAAGAAAGAAAUCACUUAUUUCAUAAGGUUGCUUAUAGCACAGAACUGAAUCGAACAGUUAAAUUCUAACCUCUUAAGACGUGAUGGUCUGCAGGCAAUUUGAUUUUUUUAAAUGUAUUUUUGUUAGUUUUAUUUGUAUGAAAAUACAAAAUAAGAGUGUGCUUUUUUUAUAAAAUAAAAUUUACAAUAGAUGUGUGGAAAACAUGUAUAUAUGAUAAUUUAUAUAUUUUUUGUGCUUAAAAUUAGAAAAUGUUAACAGUGGCUAUUUUAAAAUGUGUUGUUGAAGAAAUUUAGAACACCAGCAUACUGUGUUGUUCUGUAUUGAUAGAGCAUCGCAGUAGCUUAUAGCGUUUUACCUGUCUAUAUAUUACCUUUUGCUUCUAAGUAUUGAUAUAAAUGAAUAUCUGUAAAGUUUAUAUUUAUCAUUAUAGACUGUAUGCUUUAACUAUCUGUACCUUCUAAAUUUGACUGCAUUCAAGAGAAGCUCAUAUACAGAAUGAAACAAAGCAACCCAGCUAUUUGACGUUAACAUCAGUUGUUAAUUUGCAUUGCAAACACUAACUGUUUUCUGAUUUUAUAUUUAGAAAACAAGUUUGUUUUUGGCUUCUUACCAGUGAUCAGUAAAAAUAUGAAAUUUCCAUUGUUUAAAAACUUAAAACCUAUCCCAAAAUAGUAUGAAAGUCAUGAAAACAGUUUGUUUGCAAUACAAGCAAUUAAAUCUGUAUGAACUGCACUUUAACCUGGAAGAAUUGUUUCAAUAAUAUGGAACAUUGUCCAUGUGUUUACAUCUGUAGUCUUGUAAAACUUUGUUUGAAGGGUGUUAAAAGUUGAUAAACAUAGGUUGAUUUUCUAGAGCAAAUAACUAUAAAUCGAAAGGUCACAAGCUUGAUCUCUGGGUCUGGCGUAUGUUCUGCAUAACUAUACAAGACAGGGUGUGUCUGAAUUCAAUGUGGGGUAGUUGUCAGUGUCCUCUGGAGAAAAACUUAGUACUGGUUCAGAAUCUGGGAACACUGGUCAAGUUAAGUGACCACCAUUAUAUAACUGAAACAUUGCUCAAACAUCAAAUAAACAUGCAGCUUGAGCAAAAACCUUUUGUUUAAACAAUUGACUGAUGUAGGCUCGAGGAAAUACCCACAUUUUUAAUAGUCAUAAAUAAGAUUCAAUUUUAAUGUCCUUUCAUGUACACAUUCCAAUAAGUUACUGGUAAUAACAUUCAUCAUUGUGAUUUUCAAGAAAGAACUAUUUAACAUCUUGUCUUGUCACAGAUGUAUUUAUUUCUUAUAGGAAAUUCAAAUCAUAUAUGUAUAUCGUUCUAGUUUGGAGAUAUUUUGAUAGGUGUUUACUAUAGCAGUUAGUUAGCUUGUUAGAUAACAACUUAACAUUAUCACAUCUCUUAUACAUUCAACUUUGCCUUGUCAAAAAUUUUAGCUUGUAAAUGAUAUAUAACAAUAAUAUAUGUGCAGAAGUAUAAAGAACUGUGCAAGAACUGUGUAUUCUCAAAUGAAAACUAUAUAUAUUUCCCUGUAGGAAAUAUAUAUAUAUAGAGAGAGAGAGAGAGAGAGAGAGAGAGAGAGAUGCAGAUUAAGUAGUUUUACCAAUAUAUAGUAUUAAGUGGAAGAGAUUGAGAUUUCAUAUAGAAAAAACUUUGUCGGGAUUCUGAACACCACUAUAAUAUUUUAUACUUACAUUAUCAUAAGUCAUUUGUAAGUGUGUAUAGAUGUCAAAAUCAUGUAUGUUAGCAUGUAGUGAUAUAUAUCUGACCAUUUUUAGCUUUACCUGUCACAAAGUGACAAGGUGAGCUUUUGUGAUCGCAUGGCGUCCGUCGUCUGUCCGUGCGCGUGUGCGUGCGUAAACUUUUGCUUGUGACCACUCUAGAGGUCACAUUUUUCAUGGGAUCUUUAUGAAAGUUGGUCAGAAUGUUCAUCUUGAUGAUAUCUAGGUCAAGAAAGAAACUGGGUCACGUGCGGUCAAAAACUAGGUCAGUAGGUCUAAAAGUAGAAAAACCUUGUGACCUCUCUAGAGGCCAUAUUUUUCAUGAGAUCUUCAUGAAAAUUGGUCAGAAUGUUCACCUUGAUGAUAUCUAGGUCAAGUUCGAAACUGGGUCACGUGGGGUCAAAAACUAGGUCAGUAGGUCUAAAAAAGAAAAACCUUGUGACCUCUCUAGAGGCCAUAUUUCUCAAUGAAUCUUCAUGAAAAUUGGUCAGAAUGUUCACCUUGAUGAUAUCUAGGUCAGGUUUGAAACUGGGUUACGUGCGGUCAAAAACUAGGUCAGUAGGUCUAAAAAUAGAAAAACCUUGUGAAGUCUCUAGAGGUCAUGUUUCUCAAUGGAUCUUUAUGAAAAUUGAUCAGAAUGUUCCUCUUGAUGAUAUCUAGGUCAAGUUCGAAACUGGGUCACGUGCGGUCAAAAACUAGGUCAGUAGGUUGAAAAAUAGAAAAACCUUGUGACCUCUCUAGAGGCCAUAUUUUUCAUGAGAUCUUCAUGAAAAUUGGUGAGAAUGUUCACCUUGAUGAUAUCUAGGUCAGAUUCAGAAGUGGGUCACGUGCCUUCAAAAACUAGGUCAUUAGGUCAAGUAAUAGAAAAACCUUGUGACCUCUCUAGAGGUCAUAUUUUUCAAUGGAUCUUCAUGAAAAUUGAUCAGAAUUUUUUAUCUUGAUGAUAUCUAGGUCACAUGUGCUCAAAAACUAGAUCACUAUGUCAAAUAAUAGAAAUAACGAUGUCGUACUCAGUUCAACACUAGGUCAUGUGGGGAUAGGUGAGCAAUUCAGGACCAUCAUGGUCCUCUUGUUUACAAUUUACUUACUGAAAGGGGUCGAGUGAGUGUUUAAGGUCGUUGACUAUGAAUGACUUGUCUUCAAGUGUUGUAAUGUGAGGAAGCCAUACAGCUGACUUGGAAGGUCGGUGCUUAUACCAAGGGGUCUGUCUGUGUGGAAGGUGAGUGGUUAUACUCAGUGGUCCAUCUGUGGAAGGUUGGUGGUUAUACCCAGGGGCCAGUCUGGGUGGAAGGUCGGUAAUUAUACCAAGGGGUAUGUCUGUGUGGAAGGUUGGUGGUUAUACCCAGGGUUCUGUCUGUGUGGAAGGUCGGUGGUUAUACCCAGGGGUCUGUCUGCGUGGAAGGUCGGUGGUUAUACCCAGGGGUCUGUCUGCGUGGAAGGUCGGUGGUUAUACCCAGGGGUCUGUCUGCGUGGAAGGUCGGUGGUUAUACCCAGGGGUCUGUCUGCGUGGAAGGUGGGUGGUUAUACCCAGGGGUCUGUCUGCGUGGAAGGUGGGUGGUUAUACCCAGGGUUCUGUCUGCGUGGAAGGUGGGUGGGGUCUGUCUGCGUGGAAGGUUGGUGGUUAUACCCAGGGUUCUGUCUGCGUGGAAGGUUGGUGGUUAUAUCAAGGGGUCUGUCUGCGUGGAAGGUGGGUGGGGUCUGUCUGCGUGGAAGGUGGGUGGGGUCUGUCUGCGUGGAAGGUGGGUGGUUAUACCCAGGGGUCUGUCUGCGUGGAAGGUGGGUGGGGUCUGUCUGCGUGGAAGGUUGGUGGUUAUACCAAGGGGUCUGUCUGCGUGGAAGGUUGGUAGUUAUACCAAGGGGUCUGUCUGUACCUGAAAUAAUGUCUAGAGGAGAAUCUGGUGUCUUUCUCCAUCAUUCAAACUGGAAAGUCCUCAUAUAUGUCAUAAAGUGUGUCAGUGUCAGUCAACAGAAACAAAACAGUACAUAAUAUAUGUAUUUUCAUCUAAAGUUCUUGUGUAUGUGAUAUCUCUCUGAAUGUUUUCUGCAAUUUUAGUUGCAUUUUAAUGUGUUGUCUUAGAGUGAAAGGAAAAUCGUGGAUUUUCGUAUUAAAUGAUAGCUUUGAUGUUCUAUGUAAACUGGUCUAGAGAUACUUUAGCACUUCUUGUAUAUUAUUUUCUAGUCACAAAAAUAAUAUCUAUUUGUUUUAAUUACAACAUUAUAAUAAAUUGUAAGGCUUUUCAUUGACAGCAUUUUUUGUUAACUUUGAGGGGUUUUCAAAAGAAUAUGAAGAUCUAGGGCAAAAAAGUAUGUGUAGUUGCAUUCAUGCUCUUUUCUGUUAUUUCUAAUGAAUGCAUGUGUCUUAUACUUGUUUGUGAAGAGACUUGAGUCUUUUGGGUAUAGGUACACGGGUUCAGUUAUUUCCAAAUUUGGGUCGGUGAAUUAUUCAUUCUAGAGUACACAAACAAGAAAGAUUCUUUAAAACUUUGGGUAGACUAUACCCUUAGUAUGAAAAAAACUGUUGUAAACUCUAAUAUGAACUGUAAAACAAAAUACUUCAUACAGCACAAUGAUAUUCUGAAAGAAAUAAGCAGGUCUGUUACAUAUGCAGGCUAGUAGUGAGUGAGAGAAGAACUGUGCCAGUUUGUGUAAGAAUGUGCAACUGUUUCCUUAUAAUAGACUUGUGCAAUGUUGAAAUGGUGAACAAUUAUUGUAGAAAAAUAAGUAAGGCACUAGAGUGUGAUAAUGGAGAUAAUAUAAUACCAACAGGCAGGAGCCUAGACGGGUAUAGUUUUCGCUAUGUAUAAAUAAAAUUUUAAUUAUAAGUGCAAUAUAGAUUUACAUAGUAUGCUGAGCACAUUCCAUACAUUUAUAUAUUUCAUACUCGAAUAAUACAUUGCCAUUUAUUUGUAGUGUGUAUAUAAUUUUACGCUAGCUUUAAUUAAUGUUUAAUAUUAUCAGUAUUGCUAAUUGUUUUUUUUUUUAUUUGGUGGAAUUUUUAUUUGUUUGAAAUCUUUGUUUUACUUGUUAGUUAAACCAGGUUUCAGUUUUAACUUCCUUUAUGACUUUGCUACAUAUUUACCCACAGUGCCAUGAGUCUUUCAUAACUACCUGUGAUAACCAUAUAUUCGUCAAAUUACCUUUUAUCUACCUAUCACAAUGUGUUCCCAUGCUUUAUCAAUAAUUGAAUGCUUCAAAUCUUGAGCCUUUUACACUCAAGGUCUGUUAUUCUGUUCGAUUGACAUUAGAUUUGAUAAGAGUAAGUGUUAAGAUUUAGGAUUCUACUAACAGGUUGUUGUAUGUUAUACUAACAUAAACUUGAGUUUCAGGGACAGAUGAGCCAGACCAUGUAUCCAGAUUUGCUGUUUGUAUAUAUUAUAAUGUGGCAUGUUGUUAAAUUUCUUUGAAUGCAUGAUAUACACAAAAUGUGUUUCUAUUUAUAUCUUUGCAAAUCAGUGUGAAACUUGUGCAGUUGUAUGAUGUUGAUUAAGCAGGGCUUCAGGUUUCAGGCUAUCAGGCCCACUUGUUUAUCGCAGUGGGAAGAACAGUCCGUAGAUUGUGAGGUCACUAUUUCAGUCUCCAAGUGGGGAGAACAGUCCGUAGAUUGUGAGGUCACUAUUUCAGUCUCCAAGUGCGGAGAACAAUCCGUAGUUUGUAAGGUCACUAUUUCAAUCUCCAAGUGGGAGAACAAUCCAUAGAUUGUGAGGUCACUAUUUCAGUCUCCAAGUGGGAAGAACACUCCGUAGAUUGUGAGGUCACUACUUCAGUCUCCAAGUGGGAAGGACAGUCCAUAGAUUGUGAGGUCACUACUUCAGUCUCCAAGUGGGGAGAACAGUCCGUAGAUUGUGAGGCCACUAUUUCAGUCUCCAAGUGGGGAGAACAGUCCGUAGAUUGUGAGGUCACUAUUUCAGUCUCCAAGUGGGGAGAACAGUCCGUAGAUUGUGAGGUCACUAUUUCAGUCACCAAGUGGGGGAGGACAGUCCGUAGAUUGUGAGGUCACUAUUUUAGUCUCCAGGUGGGAUGUGUAUGCUGUGAUGAUUUGAUUGGGGACAUUUUCUUAGAAUUCAUUUGUGCUCCAUCCCUUGAUUCAGGUGGAGAAGUUGGCAGUUGCUUGUGGAGAACUGGUUUGUUCUGGUACAGAUUGCAAAACAAUAUUGUUAAGUCAAAUGAAGUACUAUUAUAAACCAUGCUGGAUCUAAAAACCAAACACAGUGAUAACUUUAAGCCCUGCUUAAAAUUGGUAAGGUAAUUUUAGGGGUCAUAAUGAAACUAUUGUUUAAACAGGUUUCCACUGCUUAAAGAUAGAGUUUUAUGUGAAACUAUUAUGUAUGUUCCUGUUUGUAGAAGUAAAUACAAUAGUUUCACAGUUUUAUAAGAGAACAUUCUGUUUAAAUAUUGAAAUGCUUUCUUGUAGAUUAAAGUCAUGCUGGUUUUAUUCAAAGUGAAUGAAUCCAGUAUGAAUCUGUGAAACAAUGUGUAUAUUGAUAGAAUUACAUCAUUUAAAGGUAUGAUUAUGUACAAGUAUAGACCUCGGUUGAGGGUUAGUUUUCUGUCCUGUUAAAUUGACUUUGAUUUGGUACAAAGUCUUCCAUCAGUAUAAUUUUCAUCUGGGCUUGUUUAUUUCACAGCAUGGUGUUUAAUUGAUGCACAGGAAAUCAAAUGAAUAAUAUCAGUACAAAGUGGCUGAACAGAAAACUGUCCUAACUUGCUAAAAAUAAAGAACAAGUUAGAACAGUUUCUGUUCAAUCCUUGAUUUGUAGAUGUAGCAGAUGGUAAACCUAAUUGCUGAUCAGUUACAUGAUAUGUUUCAAUAUAUAAAACAAAAUUCUUGUGAAAAAUACUGACAUUGUAAGGUCACUGAUUGGUUGUUAUUUUUUCCUAACCUGCUUCGAGGUAUUUCUGCUGCAAUUUAUUACAUGUAAAAGUAACUAAGUUAUUGCUUUUUGUAUUAUUCAUAAUUUUGCUGUCUGUUUUAAUAGUAAAAACUGUAGUUUUGAUUUUCUGAAUUAUAUAUUAAACUGUUGCAAGUUAAAGCGAAUAAUCAGAGAUAUUUUACAUUUUAUGUUUAGUUCAACACCUCAUGAUAUUUUUUAUUCUAAAUUAUGAUGAAACUUUGCUGUAAGAACCAAGAGCUUGUUAGACAAUAGAAUCUUGAAAUUUUCUAAUGGUUCAUGAAGUAGA